UGCCUGGGCACGCUCCGUUUGUCACGGCUGCGACCACCGACGAGGACAAUGGCGGGUAAGCAAAUCGGCGGAGAGGCCGGUUUACCGGCAAAUCUCGCCGGAAUGACCAAAAGUCAGCUCUACGAUAUCAUGUCUCAAAUGAAGGCGCUGAUUGAUCAAAAUCACCAGCAAGCGAGGGAUAUUCUGAUUCGGAAUCCUCUUUUGACGAAAGCUCUUUUCCAGGCACAGAUCAUGCUUGGAAUGGUUCAGCCUCCUCAAGUGAUUCCGAAAGUUGAGCCACAAGCUGCUCAACAGUCUCAUCAAUCUAUCCCACCAAAGCCAAACGUUCAAGCUCAUAUGUCUUCCAUAUCACAAGAGCCAGCAGCAACUACAAUGCAGCCACAAGCCCCGAUUAGGAAACACCCGACGCCACAACCAAUGCCUAUGCCACCUCCGCCUUCUGUUUCUGCAACCAACAAUGCUCCUUCACAGCCUCGUUUUUCGCAUCCCCAGCGUCAGGGACAUCUGAAUCCUGCUGGCACUUCUUUGUCUCAUCCGCAGUCUUCUCAGGUUCAAAGCGCGCCUCCUCCGGUUCCCCAUCAUCCAACAUCCCAACCACCUCCGUUCCACCACCUUGAUACACCAGCCUCCUCGAGUCAGUUGCAACAACAGCCAAUGCAUUCAAGCGGAGGUCCUCAUUUGGCUCAACAACAGCCGAGACCAUAUCAUCAUCAGUUUGGACCAGCCCAGUCUGCUCCAAACACUGGGUUUCAGCACCAUGGAGCACCUCCUCAGCAUCAUUCUCAACCCAUGUUUCAUUCAGGAAACAGACCCCCUGCUUCUGGUGGACCUCAAUUCUCGCAGGUGCAGCCACAUCUGCCUAGUCAGCCACCAUAUCAGGGAGGAGGUCAGUUUCGUGGAGACUACAACAAUAACCAAUUAGGAGGUCCGAUGGGUGCAGACAGAGGUCCUUCUUGGAUGGGUGGCCAAUCAGAGAGCUCAAACAUUACUCAUCUCCCAGGCUUAGGACCGGUUCCUCCACCAAGUCACGUUGGGCCUGGAGGCGGCCCGCCACCUCCCCCUGCACCGAUAUCUGCAGAGAUGGAGAAGGCAUUACUUCAACAGGUGAUGAGCCUGACGCCUGAGCAGAUCAAUUUACUGCCACCGGAACAGAGAAACCAAGUCCUUCAGCUUCAACAGAUUCUCCGACAGUGA